GUUAGUCUAAUAUUGAAAAGUUAUUCUUAAUGCUUAUCCCAUAUUAACACUCUAAUUCCAUCAACUAAAAUAACUAGUAUAUGCUAUGUAAGAAUAUGAAAACUAAUUACAUGAAUUUAAAAAGAAUAUCCCAAAGUAAUUGACAUAAAUUUCCUUCCUAGCCUGCAAAGCAAAAGCCCAUAUUGUACCUCGUGAUGUUCAAAGCUCUCUUCCAAAGUUCCAACCUUUAACAUUUCAGUGUAGAAGAGAGCAUGACACUGGGUUCCUUCGUGAGUACCGUAACAAGAUUACACAUAAACCAAACUUUCAAACUAUGUUUUCUCAAAUCUCUGUCUUCCAAAGCCUUUUCUUGUGGCGUCCAACCCAUCACUGUUCCAACUGCAUAUAACCUGUUCGAGACAAGUCCCCGUAGAGACCUUUUACAUUACAAUCACAUGCUUUUCGACUACUCCCACAACGAACGCCACCAAGAAGCUCUAGAUCUAUUUCUGGGCAUUUGGCGGUCGGAUCUACUGGUUGAUGGCUCGACUAUGUCUUGUGUUUUGAAGGUAUGUGGAUGCAUGUUUGAUCAAGUUGCCGGUAGACAGUUGCAUAGUCAAUGUAUAAAGUCUGGUUUUGUUGAAGAUGUUAGUGUUGCCACUUCUCUUGUUGAUAUGUAUAUGAAAAUUGAGGCCUCUGGAGAUGCCAGGAAGGUUUUUGAUGAAAUGUGUGAAAGAAAUGUUGUGUCUUGGACUUCAUUGCUUACAGGUUAUGCGCAAAAUGGGUUGAAUGAUAAAGCACUGAGUAUCUUUUCCCAGAUGCACGUCGAAGGAGUUAAGCCUAACCCUUUUACACUUGCGGCUAUUCUUGGAGCUUUGGCAGAUUAUGGUAUGGUUGGGAAGGGAGUUCAAGUUCAUGCCAUCAUAGCCAAGAGUGGUUUUGAGUCAAAUCUUUUUGUAUGCAACUCUUUGAUUAAUAUGUAUUCUAAAUCGGGGAUAGUCAGAGAGGCUAGAGUGGUGUUCGAUAGUAUGGAGAACAGGAAUGCAGUCACAUGGAAUGGUAUGAUUGCAGGUUAUGUGACAAAUGGGAUGGAUUUGGAAGCCUUCAAGUUGUUUUAUUGGAUGAGGCUUGCAGGUGAAAAGCUCACACAAAUGAUAUUUGCUACUUUAAUUAAGUUAUGUGCUAAUAUUAAAGAAUUGGGUUUCGCAAGACAGCUUCAUUGCCGGGUUCUGAAAUGUGGGUUUGCAUUUGAUCACAAUAUCAAAACAGCUCUUAUGGUGGCUUAUAAUAAGUGCAGUGAAAUGGAUGAUGCCUUUAAAAUGUUUUCUAUGGUGCAAGGUGUUCGAAAUGUGGUAACAUGGACUGCAAUGAUCAAUGGAUACUUGCAGAAUGGUGUAACAGAGCAAGCAGUGUAUUUGUUCUGUCAAAUGAUUGCAGAAGGUGUUAGGCCAAACCAUUACACUUAUUCUACGAUCCUUAUGGCUCAACCUUCUAUAUCUAUAGUCCAACUACAUGCACAUGUUAUUAAGACGAAUUAUGAGAAGUCACCUACAGUAGGAACUGCACUGUUAGACGCUUAUGUUAAAAUAGGAAAUGUUGAAGAAGCUGCUAAAGUUUUUGAAUUGAUUGAUGAGAAGGACAUUGUAGCAUGGUCAGCAAUGCUUGCUGGAUAUGCUCAAAUAGGAGAAACUGAAGGAUGCGUUAAACUUUUCGCACAAUUGGCAAAGGAGGGAUUCAUACCUAACGAGUUUACUUUUUCCAGUGUAAUCCAUGCCUGUGCUGCUCCUACAGCUGCAUUUGAGCAGGGGAAACAAUUUCAUGCUUUAUCAAUCAAAUCAAGAUUGCAUAACGCGUUAUGUGUAAGUAGUGCCCUUAUCACCAUGUAUGCAAAGAGAGGAAAUAUUAAGAGUGCAAAUGAAGUUUUCAAGAGGCAAGAUGAGAGAGACUUGGUCUCCUGGAACUCAAUGAUAUCUGGAUUUGCGCAACAUGGUCAAGGUAAGAAGGCUCUUGAGGUAUUCAUGGAUAUGCAAAGGCAACAGUUAAAAGUGGAUGGCAUAACAUUCAUUGGUGUGAUCUCUGCUUGUACUCAUGCGGGCUUAGUUGAUGAAGGUGAAAGAUACUUUAAUAUGAUGGUUCAAGAUCACAACAUUUGUCCAACAAUGGAACUCUAUUCUUGCAUGGUUGAUCUAUACAGCCGAGCAGGAAUGCUUGAAAAGGCCAUGGAUAUCAUAAAUGGAAUGCCGUUUCCUGCAAGUGCAACUGUGUGGCGAACACUCUUGGCUUCUUGCCGUGUUCAUCGCAAUUUAGGGCUUGGAAAACUUGCUGCACAAAAACUAAUAUCACUUCAGCCACAAGACUCAGCUGCAUAUGUCCUUCUGUCCAACAUUUAUGCUGCAGCAGGAAACUGGCAAGAGAGAGCUAAGGUGAGGGAGUUGAUGGAUGAGAGGAAAGUGAAGAAAGAAGCUGGAUAUAGCUGGAUUGAGGUGAAGAACAAAACCCACUCAUUCUUGGCUGGUGAUCUUUCACAUCCAUUGUCAGAGAAAAUCUAUUCAAAACUUGAAGGGCUAAAUAUUCGAUUGAGGGAUAUGGGUUAUCAGGCGGAUACAAAUUAUGUGCUUCAUGAUGUUGAAGAGGAACACAAAGCAGCCAUUCUUUCUCAACACAGUGAAAGGCUGGCCAUUGCUUUUGGAUUAAUCGCCACAUCUCCAGGAACUCCUAUACAGAUAGUCAAAAAUCUCAGAGUCUGUGGAGACUGUCACAGUGUCAUUAAGAUAAUAUCAAUGAUUGAAGGGAGAGAGAUUGUUGUGAGGGACUCAAACCGAUUUCACCACUUUAAGGGUGGUUUAUGCUCUUGUGGGGACUAUUGGUAAUGCUCCAGUUGGGAAAUGGAUUAUUGACUUCUAAAGCAAAUUGAUAUGUCUUAUUGAUUAAGGAUGGUAACGAAGUUUCAAGGGCCAAUGAACUAUAGGAAAUGCAUUUGUUCAAAAGCAACUAAAGAUAGAUGACCUAAAUUAGAAUUUGAAUGAUCACUAACUUAUCAAA